GGACAGCACGGUCAAGAAUUGAAAAGGGGAGGGGCCGAGAGGGGCGGGACCUCGGGUGGCCCCCAGGUAGCCCUGCUCCUGGGUCCGAAGCUGCAGUGGUCCGACUCUUUGCCGCGGGAUGGCGUGCCCGCGGGAAUUGACCCAGAACCCCCUGAAGAAGAUCUGGAUGCCCUACAGCAACGGGCGGCCCGCCCUGCACGCCUGCCAGCGUGGUGUUUGCAUGACCAACUGCCCAACACUCAUUGUCAUGGUGGGCCUGCCUGCCAGGGGCAAGACCUACAUUUCUAAGAAGCUGACCCGAUACCUGAACUGGAUUGGAGUACCCACUCGGGAAUUCAACGUUGGCCAGUAUCGCCGGGACAUGGUCAAGACCUACAAAUCUUUUGAGUUUUUCCUGCCAGACAACAAAGAGGGCCUGAAAGUCAGGAGGCAGUGUGCCCUGGCAGCCUUGUGUGACGUCCGGAGGUUCCUCAGUGAUGAGGGAGGACAUGUGGCGGUUUUUGAUGCAACCAACACGACUAGAGAGCGGAGAGCGACAAUCUUUACUUUUGGGGAACAGAAUGGCUAUAAGACCUUCUUCGUUGAGUCCAUCUGUGUGGAUCCUGAGGUCAUAGCUGCCAACAUUGUGCAAGUGAAGCUGGGCAGCCCCGACUAUGUCAACCGGGACAGUGAUGAGGCCACCGAGGAUUUCAUGAGACGAAUCGAGUGCUACGAAAACUCCUAUGAGUCUCUGGAUGAGGACCUGGACAGGGAUCUGUCCUAUAUCAAGAUCAUGGACGUGGGGCAGAGCUACGUGGUGAACCGAGUAGCUGACCACAUCCAGAGUCGAAUCGUGUAUUACCUCAUGAACAUCCACGUGACACCCCGGUCCAUCUACCUCUGCCGGCAUGGGGAGAGUGAGCUCAACCUCAAGGGCCGGAUUGGUGGGGACCCAGGACUGUCCCCUCGGGGCCGGGAGUUUGCCAAGAGCCUGGCUCAGUUCAUCAGUGACCAGAACAUCAAGGAUCUGAAGGUCUGGACGAGCCAGAUGAAGAGGACGAUCCAGACAGCGGAAGCGCUGGGUGUGCCCUACGAGCAGUGGAAGGUCCUCAACGAGAUCGAUGCGGGUGUCUGUGAGGAAAUGACCUAUGAGGAAAUUCAGGAUCAUUACCCACUGGAGUUUGCCCUGCGGGACCAGGACAAGUACCGGUAUCGGUACCCCAAGGGGGAGUCCUAUGAGGACCUGGUGCAGCGAUUGGAGCCUGUCAUCAUGGAGCUAGAGAGGCAGGAGAAUGUGCUGGUCAUCUGCCACCAGGCUGUGAUGCGCUGCCUCCUGGCCUACUUCCUUGACAAGGCAGCAGAACAGCUGCCCUACCUCAAGUGUCCACUGCAUACGGUCCUGAAGCUCACUCCUGUGGCCUAUGAAUGUGGACAUCUCUCGGCCUCCGGAGGAAGCCCUCGUCACAGUCCCUGCUCACCAGUGACCGCUCCUCAUCUACUGUGUUGCCUGGGCAGGUGUAGGUCUCUAUGGAUGAGGUCAUUCCAGGCUCCUGGUGUGUGUAACGGUGACCAUCUAAGAACACUCUCAAAGCUGUGCAUGGCUGACAGCACCCAGACCCCCUGGCACGGCCCACUGCCUCCUUGUUGAUAGUGACAGGGUUCACAUGGCUGCUGACUUGCCACUAGAAUCACCAGGCUGGAUGGUGCUGCACGGGCAGGACAAGACUGCCUGCCACUGGCUGCUCUCAGAUGGACCUGUUUCGCAGGGCAGUACCCUGAAUGUGAAAUGGAAAGUCUCACUGAGAUGUCCCCACUGUGGCCCGGCUGCCUGGGUUAGACCCUGCAGAGCCUCUCCUCUCUUCUCUGGGCUCCUUGCUGAGCCAGUGGCCAGGUUUUCGUGGGACCCUGGAUCUCUGCUGCUAUAGGUGAUAGAGAGAGCUCUCUCUGUGCUUCUCUGCCAGGAACCAAGGAGUGGCAGCCACUGGCCCUGGGUCCGUGUCACUCAUCCUAUGGAGACCCAGGAAAGCAACGAGCUCACCCCAGCAUGUUAUGGGGUGGAGGAAGCACAUGUUGGGGGGUAGAGGUGGACAUAGCACUGUGACUGCCCCUUCCUGACUGUGCAUGCAGUGGACUCAGAUGAUCUGGUUGCCGAUUCAGCUGCCCACAGGGGAGCCACACAGACAGGGCAGCUGCACACAGGUAGGCAGCAGGGAGGAAGCUGCCUCUCUGCUGGGGCUGCCUCUGUCCACUCAGGAAUGUACCCUGGUGGCAGAGAUGUGAUUUCACCAUAAUGCUGCUGAAACCUUGCUGUGGUCUCAUAAAACUUGUGCCACUGUUUGUUGGUCUCUCCCUGUGGGACUGAGGAAAGGAUAAAACCCAGAGGUAGCCUCUGUCCAAGAGUGGACUUCUCUAACGCUGAUACAGCUUUGGCUUAUGCACCUGUGAGCCAGGUAAAAAUGGCCUUACGAAGCCUGGUAUCUGUCUCAGCCCUGAGUUCUUUUGGAUUUGGGCAGUGGGUUCUGGCUCCAGUUCAUAGCUGGCCAACAGACUGGCCGGCAGGUUGUGGGGUGGGCCAGAACGUACCUAGACUAGUAAUUGAGGCCCUGCUGUCCACCGGUGGCCUUGGUGGAGUCAGGCCCCUGGACCUCAACCUUGCUUUGUACCCAGAACCGUUCUAGGCCUGUGCCGGGCAGAGCAGCCUGCCUUUUACAGCCCCCCUGGGCUUUACAGCCUCCAAGUGCCACCUGUCCCCAGGGAAAGUCAGGGUGUCUGUCCCUGGCCAGUGCUCUCUCAUUCCCAUGUGCCGCCAUGGCUUUGGACAAACGGAGAGAUAACCUGGGAUGGGCCCGGGGUAGGGUCCUCCUGGACUCAUCUCCUAUCAAAGACCCUGAGCCUUGCUUCAGGCCCAAGGACCACACAUUUGCCUGUGGGACAUGGCACUGUAGCCUGUGUCCCUCAGGGUUUUGAUGACUUCUGUCACCUGGAUAUACUCACUUGUUAGCCUUAGUGGGUUCCUCUGGUCUGUGGCUACUCACAUGCAUCUGGAUGUCACCUGGGACAAGACACAGAGGACUUUUUUCUCUGUGUAUUGAGGGGAGGCAGGAGUUGAUGGACGCAGAUGUUCUAUGAGGGCUAGAGACGGCAGAGGGGAAUCUGGGGCCCGGGUGUGCGCAGGCGCAGCCCCUCCCUGUUUCUGUCCUAAAGCAGCCUCUGCAUGGCAGCCACUGCCUAGGUGGCUGCCAGGUUUUAGCUGGGAUGGUUGAUGUGCCCGGGGUGCAGAGGUCCUGUUUUCCCAGGAGUGAGUGACACUGGUUCUUAACCACAAAUUGCACUGUGUCUGGCAUUCUUUGCAAUAAAU